CCCCCCCCCGCCAGCUUGGUGGUCUGGGAAGGCCCUUCCUCCCAUGGAACACCCUGCUGCCCCACAGAGAGGGUGCUCAGGGGGACAGACAGGCAUCACGUGGGGCAAGGUGGUGUCCCUGUACUUGGUGGCUGCGGGGCUGGCUGUGGACUGUGUGCGGCAGGCCCAGCCCGCCAUGGUUCAUGCUCUCGUCGAUUGCCUCGGGGAAUUUGUGCGCAAGACCCUGGCAACCUGGCUGCGGAGGCGCGGUGGAUGGACCGACGUCCUCAAGUGUGUGGUCAGCAGCAACCCUGGCUUCCAGUCCCAUUGGCUUGUGACUGCACUCUGCAGCUUCGGCCGCUUCCUGAAGGCUGCCUUCUUUGUGCUGUUGCCAGAAAGAUGAACCUGGCCCUGGAACCAGGAGGCUCUGGGCCGAGGCACUGCCCUCCUCCCGCAAAGCCCCUCCUCCCGCGAGCCCCUUCUCUGUACACCCAGACCCUCGGGAAGUGGGAACGCAGGCUCCCCUGGGCCUGGAGCUGGCCUUCAGUGCCCUCCUGUGGCCCUGCUCCAUGUGCCUCUUGUGGAGCCAGAAGGUCAGGGUGACC